AUGAAGUUCCAAAGGCACUCAGCGAAAGGGUCAUGGACUACGUUUGUCAGCACCUGGGCAAUGACGAAGGGAUUGGACACCGACAAGGUUUUGAACUACUGCCCAAAAGACAUGAAAGCUGAUAUUUGUGUGCAUCUGAAUAGAAAAGUCUUCAAUGAGCAUCCAGCAUUCAGAUUAGCUUCUGAUGGCUGUUUAAGAGCAUUGGCUAUGCAUUUUGCAAUGUCCCAUAGUGCCCCUGGAGAUCUUUUAUACCACACCGGAGAAAGUAUAGAUUCCUUAUGCUUUAUCGUGACUGGAAGUUUAGAAGUUAUACAAGAUGAUGAAGUAGUCGCUAUUUUAGGUAAAGGUGAUGUUUUUGGUGACUCGUUUUGGAAGGACAGUGCUGUUGGCCAAUCAGCAGCUAAUGUGCGAGCAUUAACAUACUGCGAUUUGCACACCAUAAAACGUGAUAAAUUACUACAAGUUUUGGACUUCUACCAAGCCUUUGCCAACAGUUUUGCCAGAAACUUGCUGCUCACAUAUAAUUUAAGACAUCGACUCAUAUUCAGAAAAGUGUCAGACGUCCGACGUGAGCGAGAGUUGGCAGAAAGACGCAAAAAUGAGCCUCGUCUGGACCAAACCCAAGAUCAUCUGGUUCGAAAGAUUUUCUCGAGAUUUCGAAGGGACAGGAGUGUUCAGGGUACUGGCGAUGCUGAAAAAGGUGGAGGAACCACCACUGACGAUGACACGGGGGUUGCCGGCACGGGUGGUACCGGCGGUGGAGGUGCGCAGAGGAAUGGAAAGAGCUUGCAAUCGAAACUUAGUACAGAGAGAGACGAUUCAACAGCCAGUUCACCUGUUACAUCACAACCUCCGCAAACUGCAACAGCUGGUUCGAAACCGAGAACUGCAAAAGGUACGGGUGCGGGAGGUGGAACGGGCGCAGGAACCUCAACGGCUGGCGUUGGUUCCAAAUGGUCCCGACUAUUAGGUUCCUCAAGUCUGGACUCGACUUCUGGUGCCGCAAGCGGAGGCGGUGACCGAAGCAGCGCAGGAAGUGAUCGCCAAAGUUCGGCGAGGCAAAGAGGCGACGAAUCAGGAGGAGGCCCAGCUGCUGGUACUGGGGGCGAAAAGAAAGGACAAACAAACAAGGUUUGCGAAGAUAGUAAGGAGAAGACACAAAGCAAACCGAGACAACGCCGAGACUCGUUGCUAGUGUUUCCAAAAGCCCCAAAGGUUUCACAAGCCAGGGAUGCCUUGAACCUAACAAGACAGGAUACUAUUCAACAUUAUGGUUUGCGUGAUCGUCCACCAGUGGUUCGCAGUCAAGAAGUAUAUGACGGUGGAUUGAGGGAACCCCCAUCGCCAAAUUCACAAAUGCCAAUACAAACUACCCUUGUACAGGCGCCCCCUUUGUGUUCGCAACAACAUAGAGAAGUUAUGGCACAAUUAUUAGAAAUCAAGACGGAUGUUAAACUGGAAGUGCAAAGGCUCUCGAGUCGAAUGUCCCGUCUUGAAGAACUUCUAGCAGAAUUAAUAUCUUUGAACAAAAGCGAAACAAAAAGUGAACCUUCUCCUGAACCUAUAGAAUCUCCAGUAGACCAAUCCAGUACCAGUACAACGCGUUUAGGACCUUUAGUGUUAAGGAAACGACGAUCGAAGCGCUCCGGGGCGACAUCGGCAGCGACCUCAUCCAUCGCCACUCUGACGUCGCCGGUCACCAUGACGUCGGUUAUGGGUAUAACCUCACCGGUAACCAUAGUUGCGUCAAGUGGGACAUCCAGACAACAGGCCCAAAGUAGUGUGGCAUCAGAUAGUCAACCAAGUAGUCCUACAGAAUCUGCAAGACUUUUGGACGAAACAACUACAAGUGAUCAACCUUCUAGGAGAAAACGUGAUUAUCUGUAA